UAUAUCGGCUAUUAAUUGUAAUAUUAAUAACUUUACAAAGAUUUGUAGACGUGAGCAGUCCUCAAGCUCUGCAAAUUCAACAAAUAAAGGUGAUUGUUCAACUAAAUCACGUUGACACAAGCUCUGAACCAUCACGAUAUCGACGCCUGUGGAUGAUAGCUACUCUGAGCAGGAGCACGUUUCACGUGAUGCUGAACUUGAAAGCUCUAAAAGUCAUAAAGAUACCGACGAUUUCGAUAAUAGCUACUUGGAGCAGGAGAACAUUACGCAUGAUGCUGAGCGUGAUGGGAACGGACAUAAUCAGCAUGACGAUUAUUUAUCGGAUAUUGAACAGCAAGGCAUUAUCCACGAAUAAUUUUCCUGACGGAACUAGCACUGAAGAUGAUAAUUCGGAGGAAGACAGAAGUACAGAGACUAGGAAAAUAAAAGUAAUAUUGAUUAAUCCGAAUCAAAUUCAAGCGAAGUGUCCAGAUGUGACGGUGACCCCUAAAUCAUUGAGGCAUCAUCAUCAAGAAUGA